CGCCGCGUCCACACGUUUACGCCGUGUUGUGAGUCCACUAUCGUCCAUUUACUGAAGUUUUUCCUGACUUUGGCUAAAUGAAUGUAGAUGAAGUCAUUGGAGAAUGUCGAACAAAGCAGCUCGAGUCGCUGAACAUUAGUCACCGCGGUCUGGUGCUGCUGCCAGCUCGAGUUUCCAGACUGAUACGUUUGAAAAGACUGUUUGUGAACGACAACCACCUCAUUUUACCUCCUGAGGAGAUUCUACAGCUUGAAAGGCUUGAGGAGCUGGUCCUGGAUGGAAACCAACUAACUAUGCUUCCUUCUGCCAUGGGGGCACUGAAGCACCUGACCUACCUGGGAGUGAGCCGCAACCCCUUAUCAGUUCUCCCUGAGGCCUUGGGGGAGCUGAGGGAACUCAGAGAGCUUUGGGCUGUGGACUGCAGCCUUGUUUCUAUACCUUCGUCCAUUGGGAAACUCACUAAGCUCCGUAAACUUGAUCUAAAUAGCAAUUCAGUCUCGACCUUGCCACCACAGCUUGGGAGCCUCAGAAGUCUACAGUGGUUGAACUUGGCUGAUAAUAGACUACAUGACAUACCAGAGGAUUUUAACCAUUUACAGUCCUUAGUCUUCAUCAAUUUGAAUAAGAAUGGCUUUGAACAUAUCCCCAGAGCACUCACAGAAAUGCCAAGUCUUCAAGUUCUGCUUAUGAAGUUUAACAGUAUUACCUCACUGGAGGAUGACUUAAUCCUUGGUUUCAGCAGACUUCUAAAACUCGACCUCAGACAGAACCCGUUACAGGACAGACCACAUCACUGGAAGGGCUUGGAUUUCAUAUUGUUAGGUACCAUAGAAAGAACUGCAGAAGAUGGUAUAUGAUAAAUGUGCAAUGCAACUUAAUUGCCUGGUUUGACAUUCAUAUGACAGCCCAGAAGAGGAACUUCAGUUAAUGAGUUAUGAUGCACAUAUAAAACAUAAAAAAGAGAUUUUAUUGUGGUAGGUUAUAUGAAGUGCUACUCUUCUUUAAUGAGUUUUGUGUAAGACUUUAUUGAGGGAUUGUUUUAUUUAGCAGGUUGUCUGAAAAACCUCUUUCAGAGUCUUAAAUUUAAAAAUUUCUGCCUAAUUCAGUCCUUGAGAUCUAAGCUGUCAUUCAGAAUGGCUUGAUGAGAAGUGGUUCAUUGCAGACAAUCUUGCUGACUCAGAAUUCUUAAUAGUAGUGGUGAUAGGAUGCGGGAUAUCUACAGUACAACACAAAUAUAGCCAUUGUAAAAAUUAUGGCAAAAUCGUGGUAAAUCUAGAGAUAAAAAGUAACUUUUCUUUGGGGACUAUUUUGCCUUACAUCGCCCUACAUGCACCUCUGCACCUUGACUGUAAACUUAAAGAAUACAUUUUGGGGCCAAGACCUUCGUAGAAGCAUUAAAUGCUUCUGAUGUCUGGUUCCUAUCACCCUUGGUAAGAAUUUUUAGAGUGGCAUAUUUUUUAUCAAACCACUCUGACUUUGUUUGCAUUUCAAUGAAUUAAUUAUUCAGAUUUUUUCAAAAUCUGUGAAAAACAAUUUAACAUUUUUUUUUUGAACUUUUAAACUUUUGUUUUUGAACCAAACAGAAGUAAGCUUUGUGUUUUGGAGUAUGGCAUAGUUGAAUUUGAGUUUGAAAAGAGGGAAGUAAAACAUUAUGUUCCCAGAUUUCACCUGUCAGUCAAAAACUAUAAGACCCAAAGCCACUAGAUGGUGCUGUAAUUCAUGACAUUGUCAUGUCUGUCUGGAGCAACCAGACAGACAUUGUGCCUUCAUAAUAAUGGUGUCAGCAGAUUCUGCAGCAAAUGAUUACACUCUUAAGCAGAAAGACUGUCUGCUGUGAGAUAUUAUGACCAUGUGAUGCUUGACACCAUCAACAUUUGUGCAAAGUUGCACAAUUUCAGACUGUUUCAGUAGACCACCUAUAUGAGCCAAGCCCGCACUAUGUUCUCCUCCAAUCCCAUCCUGCAAUUUUAUCAUUCUGCACCCUUCAUUUAUGUAAUUUCCAGGCAAAGCAGCCAUUGGAGACAAGCUAUUCAUUUUUCAGAAG